AUGAUCAGGAGCAACUCUUCAAAAUACAGUGUAUCACCGAGUUUCAAUUCCACUUUGAAAACCGCCCAUAAUCAGUAUCUAAGUUUUCGCCAAUGCAAGUCUUUUCUACGCCACACAUGCAUUGCCUUUUCAUCAUCUUCUUCUUCCAGUGCAGAAAGGCCGAAAUGGGACUCCAAGAUUCAGUUUUGUAAUAAAAAUCACAGCAAAAACAUAGCCCAGAACAAGAAUAAUGAAGAAGAGACAGAAGAAAAAGUGGGAGAAGAAGUGGUGAUUUUAGGAGACAGAAAGGUUCGCUGUGCUGUGGAAGUGGCUUCAUGGAGAGAACGCAGAAUAAAGGGUGAAAUAUCAGUUAAUGCAGAUGUUGAGUCCGUCUGGAAUGCUCUUACUGACUAUGAAAGGCUUGCUGAUUUCAUUCCUAAUCUUGUUAGCAGUGGUAGAAUUCCUUGCCCGCAUCCUGGCCGGAUAUGGUUGGAACAGAGAGGCUUGCAAAGGGCACUGUACUGGCAUAUAGAAGCUCGUGUUGUGUUGGAUCUUCAAGAAUUUGCUAACUCUGAAAAUGAUCGGGAACUCCGCUUUUCUAUGGUUGAUGGAGAUUUCAAGAAGUUUGAGGGCAAAUGGUCUGUUAAAUCUGGCAAAGGGUUUUCACCUACUACUUUGAGCUAUGAAGUUAACGUCAUCCCAAGGUUCAACUUCCCUGCUAUAUUUCUUGAGAGGAUUAUCAGAUCAGAUCUUCCCGUGAAUCUUCAAGCAUUGGCCUGCAGAUCCGAAAGUGAUUUUGAGGGGAACCAGAAUAUAUUAAUAUCUCAAGGGUCCUUAAGUUCAUUAUCCCUAGAUUCUCUUCCUCUUCAAAGUGUAGAAAUUAAUGGAAUUACUCCACUUAAUAAACAUUCCACUGGAGAGAUUGAGGAAAAAGUUGUCAAAGCUAGUUUUGGUCCAUUGUCCCCUUCUACGAGAGAGUUGAAUAGUAACUGGGGAAUAUUUGGAAAAUCCUGUCAACUCGACAGAUCAUGCCUGGUGGACGAAGUUCAUCUCCGCAGAUUUGAUGGCUUAUUGGAAGAUGGAGGUGUUCAUCGCUGCGUUGUUGCCAGUAUAACAGUAAAAGCUCCUGUUCGUGAAGUGUGGAAUACUUUGACUGCUUACGAGAGUCUUCCCGAGAUAGUUCCAAAUUUAGCUAUCAGCAAGGUUCUAUCCCGAGAAAACAACAAAGUUCGCAUUCUUCAGGAAGGAUGCAAGGGCCUACUGUAUAUGGUUCUCCAUGCACGUGUUGUCCUAGAUUUGUGUGAAUGUCUUGAACAAGAGAUUAGCUUUGAGCAGGUUGAGGGAGACUUCGAUUCAUUUCGAGGGAGAUGGAGCCUGGAGAAAUUAGGGAGUCACCAUACACUUUUAAAGUACUCUGUGGAGUCAAAAAUGCACAAGAACUCAUUUCUUUCUGAAGCUAUUAUGGAAGAGGUCAUAUACGAAGAUCUCCCUUCAAACUUAUGUGCUAUUCGAGAUCAUGUCGAGAAAAGGGAAAUAAAAAAUUCUAGGGAGACAUUCAAACACGAUGCUAAUGCAGAGGAACAAAUAGCUUCAUCAAGCACCGGCUGUUCCUAUAAUUUGAGUAAGCCAGCAGAUCAUUCUGAUAGCAGCAGUUCAAAUUCAUCUAGCCAAAGACCCAAGGUUCCAGGCUUGCAGAGGGACAUUGAAGUUCUUAAAUCAGAACUUCUGAAUUUCAUUUCCAAACAUGGACAGGAAGGAUUUAUGCCAAUGAGAAAGCAACUUCGUAAGCAUGGGAGGGUAGACAUUGAGAAGGCAAUUACACGCAUGGGCGGAUUUAGAAGAAUUGCAACAUUGAUGAAUCUUUCCCUCGCUUACAAACAUCGUAAACCGAAAGGUUACUGGGACAACCUUGAAAACUUGCAAGAAGAGAUAAGUCGGUUUCAGAGGAACUGGGGCAUGGAUCCAUCAUUCAUGCCCAGCAGAAAAUCUUUCGAGCGUGCAGGUCGUUACGACAUUGCGCGUGCAUUGGAGAAAUGGGGAGGCCUUCAUGAAGUAUCUCGUCUUUUGUCGCUUAAGGAGAAGACGCCAUCUAAAACCUAUGUUUCUCAAGAUACAGAGAAGUGGCUCAUGAAAUUAAAAGAAUUUGACAUAAAUUGGAUUGAGUAA